AUCAACUCAAGUAGUACACUCUCGUGUAUCUUUUCAUGAACUGAUAGAUAAACCUCUUUUUGUGCUCUAACUAGUAUCCAAAAAAGUGCUUUCACACAUGCAGCACGUCAAGCAUCCACUUUCAUCAAUAAGUUCUGUGACUUCUUUCAACGGAAAGAGGAAACAGACUCCUGAUCAUCAUCAUCUGAUGGAUCUUCAUCUUAAGGAUGUGUCCUCUUCCUCCUCACAAAUAUGGAGUACUACUGGAGAUGAUGAUGAUGGUUCAGAUCACAGGAUGAACCCAGAGCUUAACCUUAUUGAUUGUUUUGAGAGCAGUGCAUCUCAAGUUUCAUCAGAACAAGAUCUGCAAGAAAGCCCAUCAUCAGAAGAUGAGCCAAGAGUAUUCUCCUGCAACUAUUGCCAAAGAAAGUUCUACAGCUCACAGGCACUUGGAGGUCACCAGAAUGCACACAAGAGAGAGAGGACUCUGGCUAAGAAGGAACAGAGGUUGGGACAAUACUUCAUGGCUGCUGCUGCUGCUUUUGGUGACUCUGCUCAUAACCAUUACUCUCAUCAUCAUCAUCAACCUUUUUCAAGCUUGUCUUCUCUUCCUCUUCAAGGAGGUUUUCACAUGCCUCUUGGACUUCAGGCACACUCCAUGAGAUUGAAGCCUUCUUCUGAUUUACUUUUUGCUUCUGCAAAUGACAGAUGGUCCAAGCCUGGAAUCAGCCAAAGGCCAUCUGUGAGGAAGCUGUUUGGAGGAAAUUGCCAGAUUAGUCCAAUAAGUGUGUUGCAAAGUGAGAGCGUAGAAAGAUCAAGAACAGUGAUAUCUCUUCAAGAUAGCACAACGAGUGAUAGUUCUCGAGCAGGUAGGUCAAGUAACUGUUGCAAGAACGACAUUGGAGAACUGCACAAUCUUGACCUGUCUCUUCGACUCUAAGUUGAUUUGCACACACGAACAUGAUGAGCCAUUCUCCCCCAUUUUGAUCUUUUUUACAUGUGUUAUAUUUUUCUGGGUAAUUUUAUGUGUACUUCUAUGAAUAGAAAACUAUUAUCUAGUCGAUCAGCCUCUCUUAACACGCCUCAUGUGAUGGUUUUUGUACAUGUCAUUUCCAUAAUUUUAG